UUUUCCCCCUCUCUCUCUCCGUCGAUUCUCAAGAUUGCUUGGCGACCGGCGACCGGCGGCCGGGCGGAGCAGCCUUCGCGCCUUCCUUUCCUCUACGCAUUUUUCGAGUUUCGCGUGGGCGAAGCUGUGAGUUCUGGUGGGCGGUCGCGUGGUGGGGUUGCGGUGGCUCCGUCUCUGCGUCCAUUCCCCCAUAAUCGCUCAGUUCGCGAGCUCAGGGAAGUGCGAAAAUCGAGGUGCACCAUCCUCCGUCCUGCGACUAUCGAUCGCUGCUUCUGUCCGAUCAGCGUGCGAUUGGAAAGUUCGGAUUGUGUCGUGUUAUCGCCCCUGUCGAGUCGGGCGAAGCGACGCGCCGAGGGUCGCUGAGCAUGGGCUCCGACAAGCAGCCCCUCGGGCUGCUGGACACCCUGAAGAUGGAGCGGAUGCGGACCAUCCUGACGCACCGGUACCCGUAUCCCCACCAGCAUUCGCGCCACGCCGUGAUUGCUGUCGCUGUCGGGUGCCUGUUUUUCAUAUCCUCCGAUAACAUGCACUCCCUUGUCGAGAAGCUGGAGGACAACAUCAAGUGGUGGUCUAUGUACGCUUGCUUGCUGGGGUUUUUCUAUUUCUUCUCGUCCCCGUUCAUAGGCAAGACCAUCAAGCCCAGUUACUCGAAUUUUAGCAGAUGGUACAUCGCGUGGAUUUUAGUGGCAGCUCUGUAUCAUCUUCCCAGUUUUCAGUCAAUGGGAGUGGAUUUGAGGAUGAAUUUGUCUUUAUUUUUCACGAUUUAUGUCUCCUCCAUUUUGUUCCUUUUUGUCUUCCAUAUUUUGUUUCUUGGCCUUUGGUAUAUCGGGCUCGUAUCUCGUGUGGCUGGAAGAAAGCCAGUGAUUUCGACCAUUCUCCAGAACUGUACAGUGCUAAGCAUUGCCUGCUGUGUAUUUUAUAGUCACUGUGGCAAUCGUGCCAUUUUCAAGCAGAGGCCACUAGAGCGAAAAUGUUCUGGUUGGCUCUCUCUUUGGAAGAAAGAUGAAAGGAACACAUUGAUCUUAAAAUUCCUGCCCAUGAAUGAGCUAAAGGACCAGUUUUGUUCAUCUUGGUUGGCUCCUGUUGGAUCUGCUAGCGAUUAUCCGCUCUUGUCGAAGUGGGUUAUCUAUGGGGAGGGUGCAGGCUCGUCUGAUGAAAUUUCUCCCAUAUAUUCACUAUGGGCAACUUUUAUAGGCCUUUAUAUUGCCAAUUACGUUGUGGAAAGGUCAACAGGGUGGGCUCUUACUCACCCUUUGUCAGUUGAAGAAUAUGAAAGGUUGAAGAAGAAGCAAAUGAAACCUAACUUUCUGGAGAUGGUUCCUUGGUAUUCAGGAACUUCAGCCGAUUUAUUUAAGACAGCAUUUGACCUCCUAGUUUCAGUAACUGUCUUUGUUGGCCGCUUUGACAUGCGCAUGAUGCAGGCAGCAGUGAACAAGGUUGAAGAUGGAGUCGAGCAGGAUCUUCUGUAUGAUCACUUCAGCCAAAGAGAUGAUUUUUGGUUUGAUUUCAUGGCUGAUACUGGUGAUGGUGGGAACUCUUCUUACAGUGUUGCUCGCUUACUGGCUCAGCCUUCUCUUUGUGUGCCCACCAGCAAUUCUGUGCUUUCUUUACCUCGAGGGAAUUUGCUUCUUAUUGGAGGUGAUCUUGCAUAUCCAAAUCCGUCUACAUUCAAUUACGAAAGGCGAUUCUUUUGUCCUUUUGAGUAUGCUCUUCAGCCUCCGCCUUGGUACAAACCUGAGCAGAUAGCUGUGAACAAGCCUGAGCUUCCAUUUGGGUUAUUGGAACUAAAGCGAUAUGAUGGGCCCCAGGCUUUUAUAAUUCCUGGAAAUCAUGAUUGGUUUGAUGGACUUCAUACUUUCAUGAGGUACAUAUGUCAUAAGAGCUGGUUAGGUGGGUGGUUUAUGCCUCAAAGAAAGAGUUAUUUUGCCUUGCAACUUCCUAAAGGAUGGUGGGUAUUUGGCCUUGAUCUGGCGCUGCAUUGUGAUAUUGAUGUAUACCAAUUCAAUUUCUUCUCAGAGCUGGUAAAGAACAAGGUUGCAGAUGAUGACUCUGUGAUCAUAAUGACACAUGAACCUAACUGGCUUCUUGAUUGGUACUGCAAUGAUGUUUCUGGAAAUAAUGUCUCUCACUUGAUAUGUGACUAUUUGAAGGGAAGGUGUAAACUUCGAAUUGCUGGGGAUUUGCACUAUUAUAUGCGUCAUUCAUAUGUACCUUCAGGUAGUCCAGUUUAUGUGCAACAUCUACUUGUCAAUGGAUGUGGUGGGGCAUUUUUACACCCAACACAUGUAUUUGGCAACUUUAUGCGAUUUUGUGGAGCUAAAUAUGAGACCAAGGCGGCUUAUCCUUCUUUUGAAGAUUCAAGCAGGAUUGCUUUAGGGAACAUUUUGAAAUUCAGAAAGAAAAACUGGCAGUUCGAUAUCAUUGGUGGUAUUAUCUACUUCGUACUGACUUUUUCAAUGUUCCCACAAUGUAAGCUCAAUCACCUUUUUAAAGAUGACUCGUUUUCUGGUCAUUUGAGGAGCUUCUUUUUCACUGUAUGGGCUGCUUUCAAGUACAUGCUGGAACACUCUUGUGUGUCCCUAGCAGGUGCUUUGCUAUUGCUAAUUGCAGCAAUCACGUUUGUACCAUCGAAAGUGUCCCGAAAGAAACGAGUAAUGAUUGGGGUACUUCAUGUUUCUGUGCACUUGACUGCUGCACUUAUUCUUAUGCUGCUGAUGGAAUUGGGUGUAGAGACAUGCAUCAGGCAUAAGCUACUGGCAACUUCAGGUUAUCACACAUUGUACCAGUGGUACCGGGAAGUAGAGAGUGAGCACUUUCCAGAUCCAACGGGCCUCCGAGCUCGUUUAGAACGAUGGACAUUGGGUCUUUAUCCUGCUUGCAUCAAGUAUCUAAUGUCUGCCUUUGAUGUCUUGGAGGUCAUGGCUGUUACCCGGACAAACAUCUGCAAGAUGGGAUUGGCAUCCUUAUCUCGGGGUGGUGCUGCAAUAUAUUAUGCUUCUGUGUUCCUUUAUUUCUGGGUCUUUUCCACUCCUGUUGUCUCUCUAAUUUUCGGAAGCUAUUUAUAUAUAUGCAUCAACUGGCUUCAUAUACACUUUGAUGAGGCCUUUUCCUCCCUUCGAAUUGCUAAUUACAAGGCAUUUACACGAUUCCACAUAAACUCUGAUGGUGAUCUUGAAGUCUAUACCCUUGCAGUUGAUAAGGUUCCAAAGGAAUGGAAGCUGGAUCCCGAUUGGGAUGGUGAGCCAAAACAACCCCAGCAAUUAAGCCACCUCAAGAAGUUUCCUAGUAAAUGGAGUUCAGCUGCUCCCUUUCAGGAUCCUGUAAAUACAGUAAGAAUUGUUGACCACUUUGUCAUAGAGCGAGCAGAAAAACAGCAUUUGGAACAUGCGAUGGGUUAGUAAUUCACUGAGCAUUAUCAUGGGCAGUCGUUGCAAUAUGUCAUCACGGACGAGCAAAGAAAAGGGUUUAUAAGGGGUCAAUCGUAGACGUGCAUUUGACUCAUUGCUUACCUGUAUGUCGCGAGCAUUUUUCGCCUACGGAUCUGUUUGGCGUCUCCGAAUGCUGGCUGUGUUCUCCGCAAUUCUGGUUCACCAUUUAUGAGCCAAGAAUAUGAGUGAGGCACCACAUCCUGGAAGCUCAUACUUUUCUUGUUGGACCUAAUGGAAACAAAUUAUAUAGUUGUCCAAAACGGUUGCGGAUGCUCUGCUGCUUCGGUUCUGUCAUCUCGUCAGACUAUGAGCUGGCUAAUUCAGGAACCGAAUGGACUACUUACUGUGGUGAUUUAGCUUGGGUGCUAUUUAGCUCUCACUAGGAGUACAAUUCAGUAAGACCGUAGAUAUAUGAAUCAUCAGAAUCGUGAUUCUGUCGCUAGAGAGGAGCUUACUAAAUGUUCACUUCUUGUUAUAUUACUGUCUAACUUUGUGGAAAGUACAACGGAAUGAUGCUUCUUUAUCUCUUUGAGGAAAACGAAGCUGUGAUGUACUUUAUUGGAUAGAGGAAUGAUAUCAAUGUACCAUUGGACUCA